CGAGGUGCGUGAGGAGUUGGUCGCUGGAGGCAUCGUUUCGUGGCUGAUGGCUCUGCUUCAGAGCACAUCGCCAAAGAGCCUCUCGCAUGCUAUCCAGCUGAUGGGCUUCCUAGCUGAAGAUCAGGAUGUGGCAGACAACUUCAUGGAGGCUUCUUUGACCAGACUUCGUCAGCUUCUGCAAGAUAAGAACGAUGACGUGCGUCUCCAGACGGCUUUUGCAGUUUCGCGCAUUGCAACUGCAGAUGACCGACGCCAAGUCUUAGUAGAAGCUGAGAUGGUCCAACCACUCAAUCGUUUGCUGAAGGAAGGCACCUACGACUGCAAAGCUGCAGCUGCGAGUGCCAUUGGUGAGCUGGCAAAUGCAACGGAUAAACGGCUCUUCAAGAAGAUUUCCAUGCACCUACUGGAAGCAGAAGUCCUGGAGCCUUUGCUGGAUUUGCUCGGUUCUCAUCAUGAUGAUUGUUCUUCCAACGCUUCACGAGCGCUUUGCAUUCUGGCUUCGACGGAGAAGACUGGAACCGCGAUUUUGGAAAGAGGAGCUUUGAAACCGUUGGUAUCCUUGUUGAAGGGAAAACCUCAAGUCAGCCGGAUACUGCGCGUGGCAAAAGUGCUGCAGGCGCUUGCUGACUUCAAUCGAUGUGGCAUGGAUGUGGCAUUGUCGCAAGAAAGCAGCCAGCAGCUGAUGCACCAUGCAUUGAAUUUGCUCCAAGAGCAUCGCAGCAAAAAUCUGCCAACCCCACGAUUUCUGCCGGCGAUCGGAGCAGGGAAUGACGAGUCGUUUGCGACUGUCAAGAUGGCAAGCCCACAAGUGAUGAUACCCCGGUCAAAGAUGAAGAAUGCCAGGAAGAUUAUCCAGUUGGGCCUUGAUGUGAGCAAGAUUCCGACAACUCUGCCACCGCUGCACUGUGUGUGA